AUGAGUUAUGUCGACGAUCAUUUACUCCCGCUUGCUCAUAACGCUCAUGAAGUUCAGCUCCUGGGCGAUUCCUGGUCUGGCAUCAGAUACAUCGCACAUACUAUGGCACCGUCCGCGACUAGUGAGGUGCCUUCGACGAGGUCAAGAUACAUCAAUGGAGCACUAAUUCCAGACAUUGAAAGACAUGGAGACAAUCCUGUCGUUAUCCGACUCUGUGACGAAGAAUUCCACUCCGGAGAGACGAAACCGGAGACCAUACAAGAGUGCCUAAGGUAUUUCCACCGAGAUGGAUUCGUAGUCCUGGAAAACGCCAUUGACGACAAUCUGGUGGACCGGCUUUACAACCGUAUGGUCCAGGAUAACUCGGAAUUCCUCAAGAAGAAGCACAUGCAUUGGAAUCAAGGUGCUUCAACUGGCAAUGUCAGCCAAAUUCCUCCGCUGACUCCAGAAUGGCUCCAUCGCGACUUCUAUGCGAAUCCUCACAUGAUCUGCGUGGUCGAGAAUCUCCUUGGUCCCAAUCCCGAGCUCCGAUUCAUCAACAGCAACGUGGCAUGUCCUGGAGGUACUGGCCGUCAAGCUGUGCACAGCGACGUCAGCCAUGCCUUCCCUGAAAUCCCAUUCGGCCUUGUCAUGAACAUUUAUCUCCAAGAUUCAGAUGUCGAGAACGGUGUCACGGAAAUCUGGUGUGGCACUCACAAUGCUUAUCCACAGAGCGAGCAGCAAAUUUCUCCCCGCAGUGGAUGGAUCAAGAAGGAGUAUUUGCAGGAGCAGGCGAAGAUCAAACCACCAGUUCAACCGAAAGUCAGGAAGGGCAGCAUUUGUUUUCGGGACCUUCGCUUAUGGCACGCCGGUAUGCCGAAUAAGAGUGACCGCCAUCGCAUCAUGUUGGCCAUCGACUAUUUUGCGCAUUGGUAUCAAUGCCCCAUGACGACCAAAUUGCCGUUGUCGAUGAAAGAUCAGAUUCAACGAGAGUGGAAGGGUAUCUCAACAGUCGGUGUCGAAUGGGUCGAAGAGGAAUUGAACAGUCUUGAUGUGCCGUUCUUCUUGAACAUGACGCAGGACCCGUCACAGUAUUUGCUGCAAACCGAAAAGGGGUUUCAAGAUCCUGUAGGCCGGCAAAGUGGAAAAUAUCUGUUUGAUAGCGCAAAGGUCACCGAGGACAAUUAUUGGACGCCGGAAAAGAAAGAAUGA